AGACCAAGCAAAUAUUUUUCUGUGAUAAAUUUAUUGCAAAGAGAGUUGUGACUAGCAAGUGAUAUGAUUCGUAAAGUCACAUCAUCAAUCAUCAUGAAUAGAGUGAACGUUCUUGAUUUUGAUGACCAUGUGCUGGAAAGGAUAAUAAAUUACAUAAGCAAACGUCAAAAUCUUGCAUUAACUUGUAAAAGAUUUUACGCAGCAAUCUGUAGAGUUGAGAAAUAUGAAAUGAAGUUGCUGAUUGAAUCAGCAACACUGGAAGAUUGUUAUGAAUCAAUAAUGAAUUCAAGACGUCAAUUUAAUGAAUUUCAACUUGAUGCUAAGGCACUGUCAUCAGAUAAUGUUUAUGUGAUUAGCAGCCUCAAAUUGUUCGGUGAUAAUAUCACAAAAGCAAACGUUAAUUACUUGACUUCUAAAGAUUCCUUGUCAUUUCUUAAACACUUGAUUAAACUUGAACAUCUUGAAAUGUUGUUUACAAAAACCGACGCUGAAUAUCAGAAAGACGAUGAAACUGAAAACUUCUUCAGAAUAAAAAAUCUUCAUGUGAAUUCUCGUGACGGAGUCCCUGACAUUUUUCAUUUAUUUACGCAUGGAGUGCUCGACAAUGUCAUAAUUGAAAUAAAGAAUUUCAACAAAGAUUUAGACAAAUUUUGGGCAACCCAACCAAACAUUAAGAAGUUGAAAGGGAAUUUCAUUUCUCUAAGGCAAAUGGAAUGUCUAAAGUUGGAAGAAUUUAUUUCCACAAAUUGCAAUAUUGAUGUGAGUGAAGUCGUGAAUUUCUUGAAAUCACAACCAAACCUGAUUAAACUUGAACUUGAGGCAUGCGUUAAAGAAUCACAAUUGCAGAUCUUCCCAAAUCUUCUCUUAGAAAAUUUAAAUAAUUUGCAAAUUUUGAAUAUUUGCUUUGAAGAACUUUCAUUUGAGUUGAUGAUUAGCUUGACGAAAUUAAAGAAUCUUAAAGAGUUAAGUUUACAAAUAUUCGAGGACGACUUUGACGUUUCCGUUCUGACUUCUGUCGUCUUUAGCAAUUUAAGAAAAUUAUUUCUUGAGAUUAGCGAGACGUCAAUUACGAGAGAAUUUUUAAAUAAGUUGAAAAGUUCAUUCCCAUGUUUAAAAGUUUUGUCACUACGAACUGACAUGCCUUUGAUUCUUUAUGAACUUUUAAAUAUAUUUUGUGAAAUUGAAACUGUGGCCAUUGAUCUUUGGGAUCAGCUGGCAAUUGGUGAUUUCUUUCAUCCAAAUGUCGAUAAAAAUUAUAAAAAUUUAACUGAACUUCAUUUUACUUUUUCUGGAAAACGUUUUCCAAUAUCGUGCAUGAAUAAUUUAAUUAACAAAAACUUUCUACCAAACCUACAAAUUAUUAAGUUUGAUGGACUUUCCCAAAUAACUUUCAAUGAAGAAUUUCAUUUGUGGAUUAAAAAUCUACCGAAAGUUCAACUUUUAAUCAUCAAAAAUAUUAAAAUUGAGGACGAAGACUUUGACAUCUCCGAAAAGUUAAAUAAAAUAAAAAAUUUGGACAUAACUUUUAAUUGUACUUGUGAUCACAUUGAAGGCAUUCGUAACUUUCUGGAUGAACAAUUCGAUGGAAUUAAAUGUAAAAACUUUACAAUAAAAAAAUAA